AUGUCAAAUUUUAAUCCUGAUGCUCCUGUCUUUAUACCGACAUUUCUCCGUCAAUCUGUCCCUAAUGGAGAGUUAAAUGGUGUGAAAAAGACAUUUGCACCAUCCCGCGAAAAACCGGUUGUGUUUCUUAUGUUUGGAAGUCGCGGUGCUGGGAAAACAACACAGAGUUCUCUUCUCACUAAGGAAUAUGGUCUGUUAGCCAUUUCCUCUGGUUCCAUUUUCAGAGAAGGGAAACAACCUUUUGUGGAGUUGCGACGAAUAUUAGAAGAAGAAUUUGGUGAAGGUAAAGUAAGACGAUAUAAUGGUGUAGUUUUAGACCGUUUUAUUGUGAACAGCGAGUUUGAUGCGUUCUAUGUGCAAUCUAUUCUAAACUCCGUAAAUUUACCUGUUCCUUUUGUUUUUAUGCUCUCUAUAGACCCAGAGCUGGCUUCUAAACGUGCAGAGGCCCGUGGUGAUAAUAAAGUUGGACAUCAACAUUGGCGUGCGGUUGAACAGAAAUCGCAAGCUGUAACUGCAGCUGCAGUUUAUGUCCCUGUUGGAUGUUAUAAAAGUAUUCAAGUUACAGAAGAUAAUUCAAUUGAUGAUGUGUUUAAAGAGAUUAAAUCUACAAUAGAAACACAAUUAGCUGAACUACCUGCAAAUGUUACUAUUCCUGUUUCAGCACGUCGUGAAGAAAAAGGAAUGAAAUUGAUUGAUGAAUAUGAAAAAUAUAUGGAAAUUGUAUCAGAUGUUCACGCAGCAGUAGGAAAUUUAAAUGGAAGAAAAGAUACUGCACCAAUAUCUAGUAUAGGUGCUUAUCUUGAUAGGGAAUACUUUUCAUUUGCUCAUAAAAAGUUAAGAUCAUUACUAUCAACUUUUCAUGUAACCUUGAAAGCUGAUGGUGUCCGUUUUUUGGUUGUUAAGCAUAAGAAAUACGGUUACAUUGGAUUUCCUUCUGCUUUUACACAUUGCUAUGAUCUUAAUGAAAUGUUUCAAGGUGUAAAUAUGAGCUCUGAUCUUUCACCAGAAGCUAAGAAAUCUAUUACCAGUCGUCACCUUGAUUGGCCUGUGGAAAUAUUAUUUGACACUGAAUUAGUGGUUCAUAAUAAUCAACCCAUUUUUUAUGUUUUUGAUUUUAUUUAUUUCUGGGGUUUGGAAGGAAAGAAAAUGCGAUUUGAGGUACGCCUUAAAAUACUUAGGGAGUACUUUUCUCAAAUGUCUAAUCAACCCCAGUGUAUUCUUCUUAAAGAUUAUGUUCCUAUUAACAAAUUAAGAACGCUUAUUCCAAAUUGGAAAGAAGCGAAUCUUCCCAUAGAUGGUUUGGUAUUUCAGCAUAAUGAUUUCUACAGAAUUGGUCGAGAUAAGUUUCUUGUAAAAUGGAAACCUGUAGAACUAUGCACAGUAGAUUUUCGCUUGGCAAAUGGUGUGCUUGAAGAUGACAAGUGGAAGUUUGAUCUCAUGGUUACAGAUGACACCCCAGAGAACAGCGCUGGUUUUGGAGAAACUCCAUACGCUAAUGCUGUUGCUGUUAUACCAUCUACGAUAGUAAAAGAAAAUUCUCUAUGCAAUGGAAUGAUUGUAGAGUUAUUUUUAAUGGAUGUGAAAAAGAUGACAGAGGUGGAAUCACAAUCUCUAGUUUCAACGGAAUGGUCUUUUAAAGGGGUACGAAAUGACAAAACAUCACCGAAUAAACACAGUAUUGUGACGAAAAUUGUGGAACUAAAACAUCUGACGUUGGAAGAACUCUUGGAGUUAUGUGAUAAGGUUCCUUUUUAUGGAACAAACUGA